AGUUCUCUGGGACCACCUUCUUUUGGCUUCAACCUCUCCUACUCUUGACAUCUGAGUAGCUCGAAGGGAAGCUUCUCCAGGUCCGAGUGUUUAUAUGUAAAGGAGACUGGCCGCUAGGGCUCAGGACCGGGAUUAUCCGAGCUCUGCAGAAACGGCUGCUAUUUGUUUGGGAGGGGGAAAACACACGAUUUCCAGUGAAAAGUGACAGAGGGUGGUAGCGUUUGGAACCAUCGUGAAGUCUUCUGCUUGGAACCCGAGACUUGCAUGCUAUGGAACACCCGCUCUUUGGCUGCCUGCGCAGCCCUCACGCCACCGCGCAAGGCUUGCACCCGUUUUCCCAGUCCUCUCUCGCCCUCCAUGGAAGAUCUGACCAUAUGUCCUACCCCGAGCUCUCCACUUCUUCCUCGUCUUGCAUAAUCGCGGGAUACCCCAACGAGGAGGGCAUGUUUGCCAGCCAGCAUCACAGGGGGCACCACCAUCACCACCAUCAUCACCACCACCACCACCAGCAGCAGCAGCACCAAGCUCUGCAAACCAACUGGCACCUUCCGCAGAUGUCCUCCCCCCCGAGUGCGGCUCGUCACAGCCUCUGCCUCCAGCCGGAUUCGGGAGGGCCCCCGGAGCUGGGGAGCAGCCCGCCGGUCCUGUGUUCCAAUUCUUCCACCUUGGGCUCCAGCACCCCGACCGGGGCCGCGUGCGCGCCAGGGGACUACGGCCGCCAGGCGCUGUCACCCGCGGAGGCAGAGAAGAGAAGUGGCGGCAAAAGGAAAAGCGAUAGCUCAGACUCCCAGGAAGGAAAUUACAAGUCAGAAGUCAAUAGUAAACCCAGGAAGGAAAGGACAGCUUUUACCAAAGAGCAAAUCAGAGAACUUGAAGCAGAAUUUGCCCAUCAUAAUUAUCUGACCAGACUGAGGCGAUAUGAGAUAGCAGUGAAUCUGGAUCUCACUGAAAGACAGGUGAAAGUCUGGUUCCAGAACCGGCGAAUGAAAUGGAAGAGAGUAAAAGGAGGACAGCAGGGAGCUGCCGCUCGAGAAAAGGAACUGGUGAAUGUGAAAAAAGGAACACUUCUCCCUUCGGAGCUCUCGGGGAUUGGUGCAGCCACCCUCCAGCAGACAGGGGACUCUCUAGCAAAUGAAGACAGCCACGACAGUGACCACAGCUCAGAGCACGCACACUUAUGA